ACCAAUUAGUUCAGCGCCAAAAUUCGAAUGUAGUUCUUCUGACUUUCGCAGUAAGAUUUGAGAGAUCGAUCGCGAGUUGAAUCAUGGAAGUGUAUACGAAGAAACUGGUAGAGGAACGAUUUUUAAACAUGGGCAUAAAAUUUGGAUGGUUUGAUCAGCCUAGUUUGCGUGGGAAAAUUGAAAAGGUAAUUUAGCUUUUAAAUAAUCGUAAUCGAUUUCAGUUUUUCGUAUUGAAUGCUCCUCUAGCAAAUGUUUGUUUUAAUAUCUCGCCCGUUGUAUCUUUUGACCUUUAGUUGACACUUUUCGAUCUACAAUGUGUCUUAUGAGGUCUAGCUGUUUAAGAAGACUCUUCCUAGCUCGUGAUCAAAUCAGCUGUGUAGAUUAAUGCAUUCCCGAUUUUGAUCGCUUAUUUCGAGUACGGUACUGUAGCACAUCCCUCUUUCACCUUAUCAUGGUCUGUACGUGUUAUAAUAUUUGCGAGAGUGUCUAAUCCAUUCUGAUGAUUUCAUAUUGUUCCGUAGCUGAUCAAAUUAUCGCAAUCAAAUGGAGACAGAGAUGGAAUUGUUACAAAGACGGAGUCAGUUGGUCUGAUCUCUAACCACGGAAAAGAAAUUGAGGAGGAGGACAAUACUCCAAGCGUGAUCAUGUAUUCCAAUGAUGCAGACGACUAUAGCAAUUACGUAAAUAUCUGUGACGAUGCCCUAGGAAAUACCUCAAAUGUAAAUCAAGAAUCCUCAACUGAUUCUCAGCUUUGCGGAAAAAUGUAUUUUUCUGAAAACAAUGAUCUAAUGAGUGGCACACUUGAGCACAGUUUUGAGAGGGACAGUUCUGGGUUUGACAUGACAGAACAAUGCAUUCAAGAGGGGUUGGAGAAUGCAAACGGAACAGCAAGCCUUGAAGGCUUCAAAGUUGAGAAUUCUUGUUUUUAUAACAACAGAGAGGAAGGCAACACUGAAAGUGAUGCUAACGGAAACACAAAUAGCAAUGAUGAUGCUGAUGAUGAGUUUAAGAACAGAAAUGAUAAUGAUGAUGCAUUGGAUGAUGAUGACAAUGCUGAAAGGUGUGAUCAGCCAAAGGAUGAUUACGAAGACAUUAUAGAGGCAAAAUCACUCAUGAUUGUAGAGGAAGGCUGCUCAUCUCUCUUAGAUAAUUCCUUGGAAGUUAGUAACAGUUGCAGCAGGAACUUAUCAAGGGAAUUGAUCAGGUCCCAGUCAAGGUAAAAUGAAGGCAAGACAAAUUAAUUUUCUUGCUUACUUUGUGAAGAUGAAAUUCCAUACUGAUUCUGUAAAUAAUUUUAAUCUUUAUUAUAAGCAUUUUACCGUGAUCGUAAUAAUAUCAUAUAGCUAGUUUAUUAACCCCUUUCACUCCCAGAAGUGAUUAGUUAUGAGAAUUUGGUGUCAGAUUAAGAGAACAACUUCUACCUGAUAAGUCUGAGCAUUCUCGUUACCUGUUAUGUGGAUAAUGCAAAGAUAUUAUAAGAAAAAGUAACAAGUUUAUCACUUCAAGGAAUAAUGGAUUGAUAUUUCUCCCCUCUAGGUAUUUGACACUACCAUGUGAAUAAGUUAAGGGAGUUUGCUGUGACUGUGACUAUAUGAAGAUUGUAUUACUAUAUGUUUGUUGUUGUAUCGAAAAUGUACCCUUUGCCUCCAGCCAUUACAACUGCCUUUUCUCACCACCUAUUUUCCAAAUAAUGUAUUAAAAUUGCAAGUAGAAGAUACCAGAUGGGCUUCUUUAUAAUUGCAUCAAGGUUUUGAGGAACCCACUGUUAGUUCUUUACAAGGAAUGAGCUUUUUCUGACCAUUUACAUUGUAAAGAAAAUAUCUUUAUGUCUUAAUAGGGAUGACUGCAGCUAUGUUAGCACCGAAAAUAUCAGUUUAUCUGAUAGUCCUGCAAAAGUCAGCGAGUUGUCCAGACUUGAUGAAACUGGUUCCCAUUGUGGCAGUAAUGAGCCUUGUGACAACAACAGUGUCCACAAUGGACUAAGUAACACUGAUGUUGACAAUAUUGAGCAUAAUGAUGAUGUUGACGAUAAAGAUGUAAAAUGCAACAACAUAGAAAAAAGAAAAACAGAAAUGUUAAACUCUGUGAUAGAUGAUGAAGGCCAAGGUGCUUUGUCAAUAGAUUUAAGCAGGACUACACUCAGGUUAGUGGUCAAUGAGCACAAUUUUAUCACAAGACUUGCAACAUUGUGACUCUCUUGAUGCUUUUCUUUUUUUCCCACUUUUGCAGAAAUGGUUGCAGCAGUUUUAAUAACAGCUCUGAAAAUAACAAUAGAUUUUACAGUCCUGUCGAGGGUGUUGAUCAUGAGCUCUCCAAACUUCAAGAAUCCAGCUCCCUUAACAACACUGACAGCUGCAGUGAUAGUCAGGAAGACAAUAAAGACCACACGUGUUUAAACAAAAGCAAUGAUGAUAAGCGUAAUGAUAAUGAUGAUAGGAAUCUUCUGGAUAGUGAAGAAAUGCAAGUUUUAGCAAUAUCUUCUGCAUGUGACUAUGAUAGAAAAAGUGAUAAUGAUGAUGAUGAUGAUGAUGACUUUGAUGGGGAAAGGUAUGUAUCAAAAGAAUCAAUCAAAGCUAAAACCAGGUUAAGUGAAAUAAAUCUUCUGCACAGCCUUUUUUUACUCUCAUAAUUCUACAUAGUCUCUGUAACAGGAAAGCUAUCAUGUAAACUUUGUAAUAAUGUACAUGAAAAAUUGUGCACAUCUGAUUGGCUGGAAACAAGUGCCUUUUUCAUGUAACACUAGUACAGAGUUGUAACACCAGUGCAAAGUUGUAACACAAGUGCAAAUUACAAAUAGUGCGUGUGCUGUCAAAAUUUUGUCUGUCUUGACUUUCUGAUGAUGAUACUUUUUUUGGUGUAUUAUUGCAUAGUAAUAACAUGAUUUCUCAAUUAAAUGGUUGUUAAUUAGUAUAAGUAAUUUUUCAAAGAUUACAAAUUGCACUUGCCCUAUAUGCUUGUGCAAUUUUUCUGUCUUGGAAAAGCACUUGAAAUCAUAUUGUUACAUAUACUAAUUUUUAUGACCUUACUCUGUUAGUAGCCCAGACAUUGAUGCUUCAGUUAUGAGUUAAUAAUAAAAUACUUUCUAUCCUGAGUUUCAUUGCUAUACAUAACCUGACAUUUUUACUAUUUUUCUCUAGCAUGGGUACCAUUAACUGCAGUAUUGAAGAAACCAGUCCUGUGAAAGCUAGGUAUUAGAAACAACUUGACAACUUGCAUAUUACAAUUGUUAAUUUUUGUGUGUGUGUUUACUAAUCAUUUAAAAAGUGGCAAUUGACAAGUGAUCAUUUUGGAGGAAAAAUGAAGGUAGUGGAUUACUAACAAUAAAUGAUAUUUCUCACUUGUUGAAUGUUUUUAGCCUAAGUGAAAGACUGUUGAACAAGUACAAUCCAGAGAAAAGUGAAAGUGAUGAUGUAGAUGACUUUGAACAGUGUAAGAAAAUUUUCAUUUAACUUUAAGAAUUCUUAUUGUUACUGAAUCUGAUCCUGGCAUACUUUGAUAUGCCGUCCUGAGACACAUCGAAUUAAUUUAAAAAAUUAUGUUUUUUAUAUAGUUUUACAGAAUAUCCGGACUCCCAAACAAUCAGGAUUGUUUGCAAAAGAGAGAAAACCAGAAUCAAGGUAAUAUAAAUAUGUCUAUAUGUAAAUUAUUGAGUUUAUGAUUGCUAAUAUAAUUCACACCAUAAUUUACUUAUUGAAUAAAACUAGACACCUCAUUAAAUAAUUGUUUGAUCAUUUUUCACCUGAUCAAGAGUUACCAUUAACUGUAGGAUUAUUUUAAAUUGAAUAUUCCAAAGUUUUGGUGGUAUACUGCUUGCUUUCAUCAGGCAAUGAGAUGGGAUAAUACAAUGCUAUUUAUAGCAAUGGUUGAUCACUCCUGGUGCAAUGUUUUAUCGCUCAACUUAACAACUACUAAAAACAGAAUAAAAAUCAGAACUUUGCAAUCCUCAAUUGAUAGACUAACUCUACAAUUGAACAUGACUCUAAAUGUUGAGUGGAGGCAGAGUGGCUGAGGGGUAAGGGUGCUGGAAUUGUUAAUCUGGUGGUCCUGGGUUCAGUCCUCCACCCUGCCACUCACUGGAUUUGUCGCCUCAGGUUCAACUCCUCAGCUGCAGUCUGUAAAUAGCCAACUGGUCUGCCUCCUGCCAGAUGGGAUUUUCAAGCACUUUAUGUUUAAAUAUUGUAAUGCACUUAGAGGCUUGCAAUAAGUGCUAUAUAAAUUAUAAAGUUAAAUUUUUUAAUUUUAAACUUAAAUAUUUUUUACAUUUUAAAUAUUGUGAGUCAAAUGAUUAAACAUUCAUUAUCUUAACCCAGGUGGAAAAACACAACUAACAGGAUUAACCCUUUGACCCUUGAGGGUGACCAGCAUCUAAUUUCUCCUUACAAGAUCAGCCUUGAACCACACAUUAAGGUCAUGAGAAUAAAGGAAAUGAUCAUCAACCAAAGAAUCACUUGAUUAUUACCCAAAUUCUCCUUGUCAGCACCUUAGGAAAUGUAUAGAGAAUAGUGUGGAGAAUGUGUAUACUGAUGUUAGGGUAUAAAAGCUUAUUGGGACAUUCUACCAAACAACUUACCAGUACUCUUUCUCAAUAAGAGCCUUGUUUUCUGCACAGUGUUGAUCAUAUUGACAAUUUCUUUGGCUACAGUCUAAACAUGUUUAUUGUGGAUGAUGAUGAUGAUGAUGAUGAUGAUUAUAAUGACAUCAUCGAAGCUCAGGACGAUGACGUAUUUUGUGACCCUGGUUUCACUCCUGAACCUGGCGAAUUCUUUGAUGACGACAAAGAAAAUGAAGAUUGUAUCGAGUUAGCAACACCAGGUAAUUCAACCUGCUUUGGAAAAAAUUAAUUAAAAUAAGGUGAAAUAAAAACCAUCCCAUGGAGAAAUGAAGCCCUGGAAAGUUGCCUACUUUCCUUGCCAUUCAUUUCGAGGUUUGGGUUUGCCAAGAUUUUCACAAUUUUUUCGGUUUAAACUUGCACUGGAGCUUCUCGUUGCCAACUUUUCAAAUACGUAAUUUUUUCUCUCUUUUCAGUUGCAGGUAAUGCACCUUCAAAGACUUCAUUGACCAGUUUAUCCAGGAAGGCCGCCACCCAUUCAAGUAAGAUAGAGAAAUUUUUAAAUGAGCGACGAAAGUAAUUGGGGAUUGCUUUGGUGUCGCUUAUUUCGCUCUGUGAUUGGUCCAGAAACUUGCACCACUUUCUCAACCAAUCAGGUUCAAACUAAACCCAAUCGCUACUUGAUCACCCAUGUUUUCCCGCGCUUCAGGUAGUUUGCUUGUUUUUACUUUGAGUUGUCAUUGGCUACUUCAUUCUCCUUGCUAUGGUUGGCUGUUGUGAUUCCUUUGGUUUUGGUUUUGUAACACUCAAUCGGAAAGCGCUCAAAUUAUGAAGCAGUUUAGUUUUCAGUUAAGUAAAAAAAAAAAAAGUCCCAGAUUGCCACCGUUUAUCAUAUCUUUACCAUGUGAGUGGCCCCGAGAACUUGCACACCGUCUUAUCCAAUCAGAUUUAAGACCUUUACUAAUGACUUGGUUGUCCGCGUUUUCCCGCGCCUUUUUUUCCCUUGUGUUUUCAUUGGCUCCUUGUAAUAUAUCCCUUUGUUCCGAUUGGCCACCGUAACGACAUCGCUCUCGGUCUUACAACACCCAAUCGAAAAGCGUUCAAACUAGAUAAAUUUAAACAAAGUUUGUUAGGUACGUUUCGUCCUAGACACUCAAGUUUCAGUGCACUGACAAACUGAUAAUAAUAUAAUAAUAUUUAAUAUAUAUAGUUUUAUAUAGCAUCAACUUAUGCAGCAAUUCAUAUGGUCUGAUAAACGUCAAACCAACGCGCGAUCUUACACGAAAUUAGCGUGCAGUUAUGACUAAAAUAUAUAUAUACACACUUCUUUUUUUACAAUCCCCUUUCUCCUUAUCCUUUGCACAGCCCCAAACCGUCCUACGUUUCAGACACCCUCGACAGAUUUCUCGUGGAGGACUCCUAAAACCAAACCCAGAAAUGACAGUGGUGAGAAAUUUAUUUGUUGUUUUUGUAGUUUUCUUCUUCUUGCUUUCUUCUCAAGGUUUAUUUGUCUAAGUCCUGUAUUUAUGUUUGUUUUAAGAUCUUAUAUUAUAUAUAAGAUCUUAAAACUAACAUUAAAUUAUUUUCUCGUCCAUUUUCUUUUGCAUCGUGCUUUUCAAGGCGCGCUGACUCGAUGGUCAGUGCACUGGACUCCAGGUCGAUGGGUCUGGGUUUUAGACGAGAGUUUCUACUCUCACAGUGCUUCUUCCACCAGCAGAAGUAUAAGUGGGUUCUAGCAGAUUAUCAGGGAAGCCUGAUGAAAUGCUGGGGGUAACCUUGCGAUGGACUGGCAUCUCAUUCAAGGGGAAGUGGUAAUACUCUAGAUCGCUUCAUGCUAUGGAAACCGAGAUAAGUUACAACUAGAUGGGCCAACUGGCUCGAGUACAAACUUAACCCACUUUUUAUUUUUACUUUUCAAGCCUUUUAGUGAGCCAUCGUCUUACCCUGCUCGUUGAGUGCAAAACAUAACUUAUAUUUUAUCUUCUAGGAUUGUUAUCAGCUAAACCAUCUCGACCCAAAAGCGUGUUGGAAAAUAUCCUUACCCCGUUCUCCGCCGAGAAAGAUUUUAAGAAGAACAAAGAGAAACUUGUGAGAGAUCUCUUUGAAUUGUACAACCGAACAGUCUUUGAUAACCAGGUAAAAACUGAUACCAGUAGUAUACGGGGCACUAUGGAGCAUAGCCAAUCAGGUUACAGGAUUUUGUACCUCGUAAUACAAAUUAACCUUCUGAUUUGUAGUUUCCUGGCAGUUAUGAAGAUAAAAAUUGCGUUUAAAAGUAACUUAUUUCUUCUUCUAAAGACGGUAACCUUUAUUUUAACCCACGCACUUAGAAAAAGAAAAGUGAAAUUGAUACUUAUUUUUUCACGAUGAAAUUAUGAUGUUUGAAUUAGGGGGUAUUUGAAAUAGAGGUAAGUUAUUUAUUUAGUUUUAUUAAUUGACUUGUAUUUUUAAAUUUGUCAAUAGUAAAGCCUUAAAUAUCCUGAAAUUUAUUUUUCGUCAGCUGCCGUCAGAUUUCCAGAUAUCGUGGAAUUCAAGAAUGCGCAGCACUGCUGGCUUCUGCUACUACAGCAGGUAACUUUGAUUGUUGAUUGAAAUCGGAGUAAAACUCGCUUCACUUCAACCCUAUAAUCAAUCGUGAACUGGUUAUUCGCGUUUACCCGAGCUUCAGACAGCUUGCUUGUUUUUACCUCAAGCUCUUAUUGACACCUUUUGACAUUUACCUUUGUUCCAACUAGCCGUUGUCACCGCAUCACCUUUGGUUUCAACUACACUCGCUCGUAAAUGGCUUAACACUAUGUUCAUGCAACUUUUACAUUUUUCUUUUUCUAGGAAAGGCAGUCUUCGUAUGGCCAGGAUAGAAUUAGCAGACAAAGUUAUUGAUUCCGCAGGCAAGAUAUUGUUGAUUUGUUCCACAAUAUUUCCAUUGUUUCCACUUUCGGGUGAAGGAGUACGCCUCACUCGAUUUGACCCAUCGGCCGGUUGAGAGUAGUUUUCAGUUUAGUGUCAAAAGUAAUGCGAGAUUGCAUCUGUCUUGUUUUACGUCGCUCUGUGAUUGGUCCUAAAAACUCGCGCCAAGAUCUCAACCAAUCAGAUGCAGAUCUACGACCAGUCGUGUCUUGGUCACUCGCUUUUUCCCGCGCUGUAGGAAGUUUCCUUGUUUUUACGAUAAAUUUUCUUUAGUUCCUUGUCAAAUUCACCUUUACUCUGAUGAUUCGCCAUGGACACUGAAAAGAAAAUAUUUCUCACACUUAAAUUGUGCAGAAAGUAAUCGAGCACCUGAUGCAUUAUUUGUCUGACCAAUUUCGCACUUGAGUCGUGCUCUCGCUUCUUUUAAAUAACGACUUUUGCGACUUGCAGAUCGCUUGCGUGACACACUAAUACACGAGCUGUGUCACGCUGCCGCCUGGAUGAUUAGCGGGGUCAAAGCUGGUCACGGACCCGUUUGGAAAAGAUGGUGAGACGUUCUUUAUAAAAUUACCACCCUAUUUUAUUUAAUUUAACCGGCUUUUACAGAUGUAGUAACCACAUUCUGAACUCCAUUUCACAGCAGUCUCUUUAUCGUUGAUUCUAUUGUAGGACAUUACGUGCAAAUCAUGUCCAUCAAGACUUGCCGCCGAUCUCGCGGUGCCACAGCUACACCAUCAAAGCCAAAUACACGUACAGGUGUACCAAAUGUGGGAACACGUGAGUAUCUUUAGAAAGUGCGUUAUCUAACACUUCUAGAAAUCUGUGGUAAUGGAUCAUUUACCGCUGAUCAUUGCGCGUUUUUCCGCCCUCGGGAAGAUUUGAGACGCGUCGGGAGAGGUUUUUUACCAUUAGUAAUAAUUAGUGCCAGACCUCUUGAAGACCCCUCGACGGCUCACGUUGCUCAGGGCGUCUUAAUUUCUCGCAAGCAAAGAAACGCUCGCGUCGAAGCGCUACUAAUGAAGACCUGCUCACUAGUCGGUCGUUAAACAUUGGGGCUGGGAAUGAGUUCUAUCAAAAACACGAGUAUUAUGUGUUAGUGAUCUUUAUCUGCCGAUGUUUAUCACCUAUUAGGUUUGGCCGUCACUCUAAGUCAGUAAAUUUGGAGAAAAGUCGAUGUGCUUAUUGUCACAGGUAAGUUGAUGUCUUUUUUAGCGUUGGUUUUAGCGUGGUGUCGUUCUUGAGAGAGAUUUGGUUAGUUUACUACCAAAAAGAUUUCAGAAAAACAUCGAGAUUCAGAGCUGCGUCGCGACAUUGUGAUCGAGCAUUUUUUCGUUCCUUUUUGUGACGAACACAAUAACUUAAACUUGAAGGAAACUGUAAGAUAUAAGUAUGAUGAAAUUUAGAGAAGAGAGAACAAGGAUGGCCAACCAUGGAGAAGAUUAACACCGAUUGUGAAUGACGAACUUGACAAAUUGGAGGCGCAGUUUUCGUUUGAGCAAAAGAAACUUAGGACCUCCCUUGAGCAAAUAAACUUAGGAACUCCCUAACGAAGGGCUAACGCUUGAAUCGUCAGUUAUAGAAACUCUUUACGGUAGCCAAUUUAAAUUAUCAACUUAGUUGAUAACACCAAAUUAUCUUGUAAGUCUACGUAAAAUUGAAUGAAUCUUAGAGCACAGCCUUUGUUUAGUCUCAACUUUCAAUGUGCUCUUUCUAAGACAAGACCACGAAACAGUUGUAGAGAAGACUACCUAGUAAUCAUUCCAAUUUCAGAGCGAAUGACGCAGGGCUAACAGUCGAAGAGUCAGUUUACCGUGGCCGGCUAUCAAUUUAUCAUCAACUCAGUUGAUAAAACCAAGUUAUAUUAUAUAUUCUCUCAACUUUAGGGCUUUGCUUAAGAUCUGCAGUUGUUCAAGUUCUUUUUCCUUCUUUCUCGUUUAUUACAGCCGCUUGGAGCUUGUUCCACCGCUGAAGAAGGAUGGCACACCACAGAAUCGCACUCCUAGUCGAUUUGCCAUGUUCGUUAAAGAAAACUACGCUCGUAUCAAAAGUGGCCAUGAAACAUUUUCUCACCAGGAUGUCAUGAAAGCUUUGAGCACGGAGUUCUCCAAACUAAGCACAUAGCAUGUUAGGGAACAUGGUAAUUACUUACAGAAGAUCAAAACCUUUGCCUCGAGCUCGGUAUCCUAUGACAUAUCUGGUAUUUCUGUGGCCUAUCGCUCGCUAUUCAUUUAGCCUGCGAUAUGUAAAAAGUGGUGAUCUCAUGUCCGUUCUUAGUUGAAUAGUGCAUGGGAAUAAGACCUUUAUGUUCUCAACAACGUCAUUCGAUCAGGGCUUGACAAACCAUGGUCAUUUUGGGACAGGUCUCGAUAGUGUACCCUGGUAAGGGUUCUCGUAAAACGUCGCAGAUUUUUCAAACUUUGCAAAAUUAAUCAAGCGAUGAUGCAGACUUUUUGUCGGAAUGAAAAAACUGGAAAAAAGUUUCUUAGCGUUUGAAGUGGUUCAUUUUACGCGGGAUCAAAAUGAUUCGCCCAUGGCUUAUUUCAGCAUGUAAGGCGCCCAAACGUAUGCGCGGAUUUAGUAGCGCAUUCUAAAAAUCUUUCAGUGGUUUCCCAUGAGAAUUAAUUUUAAGGCCAUUGUUCGCUGUGUUAUCGAUUUUCAUUUUCUCGUAACUAUACAUCGAACGUCAACAAAAACAAGACCUUGAAGAUUAUUUUAUUACAUUAAAUUAAAGCUGAUGACAGAAAUACUUACAGAACUGACCUAAAAAUUUAUUUAAUACUUAUAUGAAAUAUAUUACGAUCCCUAUUCUUGUACACGCUUUAAAUGCCUAAUCAGUCUGUUGUGUUUUGAAUAAAGUUGUCGUUCAAACAGG